UUCCCUUCUCUUUCUCUCACACAUUCUUUAUAAACAAAACAAACUCUUUUUUAAGCCCUUUCUUCUUUUUUUUUUCCAUGGCUCACAAAAUUCACCACUUCUCUUUAAUCUUAGCUUCGUACUCUCUCUGCUCACUGCCGAUUUCCGUUUCGCCGUCGCAAAAAUUAAGCAAGGAAGCGUAUUCUCUGACACGGAAUUAUUUGGGGCCCACUAGUAGCUUUCUUUGCCGCUGCAACUCUACGAGUCUCCUUUUUGCGUAUGGUCUGAUUUGCAGCGUUAUUUAGAUUAAACUAGAACAUAUUGACAUUAUGGAAGAAACUGUUGAUGAAGCUAUUGGUGAUGAGGUGAAUGGACUGGAUGCCUUUGAUGGUAGACAACUUCGAAGUAAGGAGAAUGACUAUACUUUGAGGUCCGGAAACUCCAAUAUGCUGCAAUCACAUGAAGUGGUCACACUUAGUGAAGGUGAUCAUUACCAGAAUACUCACAGUUUGUUUACAGAUAUCCUCGAUAGUAAGAAUCUGGACAGAAUUGGAUCUUCUGAACAUGCAAGUGCUAGUCCUCGUUGUAUGAAUGAUGCUGGGGUCAUGGUUGAAGAAUUGACACUGAGAAACUACAAUGGGAAAAACUUGGCUAUAGUUGAUACCUUGGGCAAUAAAGAAAUAAUGCAGGUUAGGCCAAACCAGUGGUUUUAUCAGCUAGCAGGUGGAUCUGCAUGCGGAAGCUCACAUGGGGAAGAUGGAGACACAUUAUUUACCGGACUUGUGAAUCAGAAUCAGAAAAAAUUAAAUGAAAAUCGUAAUCUAGACGGAGAAAAUUUGCAGAAUAAUGGUGAUAAAGCUGUUUCGAACAAUUUAUUACCCUCUUCUGAGGGUAUCCGGACGAAGAUUUUUUCCAAGUCGGGGUUUUCUGAAUAUAUUGUGAAAAGCACAUUAAAAGGCAAAGGAAUCAUAUGCAAAAAACAGUUACCCCGUGUAUCUGCUAGUGAGUCUCAAGGCCAGAUGUAUCCGCAGUGUCCUAAUGCUUCUUCCACCAUCGUUUCACCUUUUCAAGGUAUCCCCAAAAUGGGCUGCAGUGUUAAUCCCAAUGUCUAUCAAGAUGGGAUCGGUUUAAGAGAACGGCUGAAAGCUGGGGGAAAUAAAUUGAACAAAGCUGAAGGCUUGUAUAUUUUCAAACAAGUUCUGGAUUUGGUGGAUUUUGCUCACUCACAAGGAAUUAUCUUACAAGACUUGUGUCCAUCUUGCUUUAAAUUGUUGCGCUCAAACCAAGUUGUAUAUAUUGGAGCAUCUGUACGCACUCAGUCCACUGAAAAUGUGAUUGAUCGAGGUGUUCCUCAGGUGGAGCAUAGUCAGAAAGAGAGAAGUUCAUCCGGAAAAAGCAUUUCUUCCUCGAUCGAUCCUUGUGUGAAGAAGCAAAAACUUAGUGAAGACACGCACCUUAAUAGGAGGUGGUCUCAAUAUCCCUUAAUGUCAGGCCAUAAAUCUGCUUGCACAAACACUAAAUUAAAUGCUGCACAAGGCUAUGGAGAUGAGUCAAAUGAAGAGAAUUGCCUCAAGACAGAACUUAACAACUCGAACAAUUUUAUAUUGCCUCAACUGUCCAUUAUGUCAAAACCAUUGCUGACUUCCAUGAGCUUUAACUUGGAGAAGAAGUGGUAUACCAGUCCUGAGCAGUUCAGUGAGGGUGGCUGCACAUUUUCAUCAAACAUCUACUGCCUGGGGGUUCUUCUCUUUGAGUUGCUUAGCUCAUUUGACUGUGAAAGGUCUCAUGCAGCUGCAAUGCUGGAUCUUCGCCAUAGGAUUCUUCCCUCUUGUUUCUUGUCAGAGCAUCCCAAAGAAGCUGGAUUUUGUCUUUGGCUGCUUCAUCCAGAACCUUCAGCACGUCCAACAACAAGGGAAAUUUUACAGUCUGAAGUUAUUGGUGGUAUUAAAGAAUUACGUGGAGAUUUAUCACUGUCGUCUAUUCACGAAGAGGAAUCUGAGUCAGAACUGUUGUUGUACUUCCUCAUGUCACUGCAAGAUCAAAAGCAGAAGGAUGCCUCAAAGCUAGUGGAAGAACUCAAAUGUAUAGAAGCAGAUGUCCAAGAGGUUCAGAGGCGCCAAAGCAGCAACGGCCGUUGUUCGUCCUCACACCGGGAAUCUCUUAUUUUGUGGGAGAACAGGUUUAUUCAGAAAGGAGUAUCAAGUUCAGAUGCGUAUCCGAAGCUUCCACCUGUAUGUGAGAGUGAAACUAGAUUGAUCAAGAAUAUCAGGCAGCUUGAGAGUGCUUACUUCUAUAUGCGAUCCAAUAUUCAGCCUUCUGAUGAUGUUGCCAUGGUCCGUAGAACUGAAGAAAUCUUUAAUAAUGAGGAGAACUUUGUCUCCACAGGAAAUGAUAAUGAGAAGUAUAGACCCACAGAUCAGGUUGGGGCUUUUUUUGAUGGCUUAUGCAAGUAUGCUCGGUAUAGCAAGUUCAGAGUAAGGGGAAUAUUAAGAAAUGCAGAUCUGAAUAAUUCUGCAAAUGUCAUUUGUUCUCUAAGCUUUGACAGGGAUGAGGAAUAUUUAGCUGCUGGUGGGGUGUCAAAGAAAAUUAAAGUAUUUGAGUAUCAUGCCCUCUUUAAUGAUACUGUUGACAUUCAUUACCCAGUUAUCGAGAUGUCAAACAAAUCUAAGCUCAGCUGCAUUUGCUGGAACAGUUAUAUCAGGAACUAUCUGGCUACCACUGACUAUGAUGGUGCGGUUAAGUUAUGGGAUGCGUCUACUGGUCAAGCUUUUUCGCAGUUGACUGAGCAUAAUGAAAGGGCAUGGUCUGUAGACUUUUCUCGUGUGGAUCCCACAAAGUUAGCUAGUGGAAGUGACGAUCAUUUGGUGAAACUUUGGAGCAUCAACGAGAAGAACAGCGUGUGCACGAUCAGAAACAAAGCAAAUGUUUGCUGUGUUCAGUUUUCACCUGACUCCAGUCAUUUUCUGGCUUAUAGCUCCGCCGAUUACAAGACUUAUUGCUAUGAUCUUCGAAAUACCUCAGCCCCUUGGUGCGUAUUGGCUGGCCAUGAGAAAGCUGUUAGUUAUGCAAAAUUUUUGGAUGCUGAAACGCUCAUUUCUGCAUCCACUGACAACAGCCUGAAGAUAUGGGAUCUCAAUAAAACCAACUCAAGUGGCUAUUCAGCCGAUGCUUGUGUGUUAACCCUUAAAGGGCACACCAACGAGAAGAACUUUGUGGGGAUGUCUGUGAACGAUGGAUACAUAACAUGCGGGUCAGAAACAAAUGAGGUCUUCUCUUAUUACAAAUCUCUGCCUAUGCCUAUUACUUCUCACAAGUUUGGCUCUAUUGAUCCAAUCUCUGGUAAAGAGACUGAUGACGACAAUGGGCAGUUUGUUUCAAGUGUUUGUUGGAGACGGAAGUCAAACACGGUUCUUGCUGCCAAUUCCAGUGGCUGCAUAAAACUACUAGAGAUGGUUUAGAUGUGGACCAGGUGAAAAAUUGCAGCCUUCAAUUGCUCCUUCCUCCUCAAAUGUCUUGGGAAUCUUUGUGUGGAUCAUGCUGAAAUGCAGCUGUAUGAUUCCUUGAGAAAUUCUGGGAUAUCUUCUCUAAAAGUAUUAAGGUUAAACUUGGGGAAGGCACCCAAGUCUGCUCAAUCUGUCUUGACAACUGUGGGGUUGUAAGAUCCAAAAAGUUUAGGAAGCUGAACAGAAACCAGUAGUAUGUUGAAGGAGUCUGCUGGAAAGGCAGUAAACGCUGAAAUUACUCGCUUAAGCCUAAUAUACUGUAGCGUUUCCAAAGAUGCUUCGCAAGUGUCUGAUAGGUGGAGAAAGCCAUUUCUGCCACCUGAUUGACUGAAUCUUGAGAUAUCCCCUCAGAAUCGAUGCAAGCACAGUAGUGAUGUCCUCCAUAUUUUAGAAGGAUCAGGGUGUAGCUGAGUGCACUGUCCAUCAUAUGAAAUUGCAGUCAAGAUAAAUUUUGUUGGUGUGUGUGAUGUUCAUUUGUACAUUCAGAUAGAUACAGCAAUUGUAAAAGCAUGUGUUACAGGAUCAGUUUAGUUGAUGAUGAGUUGGUUGUACAUGUCAUAAUUUCCUUCUUACGUAGCAAUAUAUAGGAAAUUUGUACAUUAACUGUCAAAUGAAUUUUAAUACUUAGGCAUUUCUUUGUGCCA